AAGCCGAGUGAACCGGAAACAGUUCUUAACGGCCCAACAGCAUGUAGCCGAAGAGUUGAUUUCAUCCAAACAACUCGUGUUUUAACUUAAGCUAUUUUAACUGUUUCUUUAACAUUUCACACUUUUUAUACGCUGAGAGAGAAGCCACUGUUCACCGAAGAUGGGAGUCCCGGCGUUUUUCCGUUGGCUUAGCCGAAAAUAUGCUUCAAUCGUUGUGCAUUGUGUUGAGGAGAAGGGGAAAGAAUGUAACGGCGUCUGCAUUCCUGUUGAUACGACAAAGCCUAACCCCAACGAGGUGGAAUUUGACAAUUUGUACUUGGACAUGAACGGGAUCAUUCACCCCUGCACACAUCCAGAGGACAAAGCUGCCCCAAAAAAUGAAGACGAGAUGAUGGUCGCCAUUUUUGAGUACAUCGACCGCCUGUUCAAUAUCGUGCGGCCCAGGAGAGUUCUCUACAUGGCCAUCGAUGGAGUGGCUCCACGCGCCAAGAUGAACCAGCAGCGCUCUCGCCGUUUCCGAGCCUCCAAAGAAGGAGCAGAGCUGGUGGAGGAGAAGACUCGCAUCCGAGAGGAGGUCAUCGGGAAAGGAGGUUAUCUUCCACCUGACGAGAUUAAAGAGAGAUUUGACAGCAACUGCAUCACUCCAGGAACAGAGUUCAUGGAUAACUUGGCUCAGUGUCUCAGAUAUUACGUCGCAGAGAGAAUCAGCAAUGAUCCGGGCUGGAAGAACGUCACGGUGAUUCUGUCUGAUGCCAGUGUUCCCGGUGAAGGUGAACACAAGAUCAUGGACUACAUCCGGAGACAGAGAGCUCAACCCAACCACGACCCGAACACACACCACUGCCUGUGUGGAGCUGACGCUGAUCUGAUCAUGCUGGGCCUGGCUACCCACGAGCCCAACUUCACCAUCAUCAGAGAGGAGUUCAAACCCAACAAACCGAGACCCUGCGCCCUCUGCAACCAGGUCGGACACGAACUCAAAGAGUGCCAGGGCGUGGCUCGAGAGAAGCAGGGAGAGCACGAUGAAUUUGCCGGCUCGAUGCCGGGUUCUGAGCAGGAGUUCAUAUUCAUCAGACUCUGUGUGCUGCGAGAGUAUUUGGCUCGAGAGCUGACGAUGGCCAGUCUGCCGUUUCCCUUCGACUUCGAGAGGAGCAUAGACGACUGGGUCUUCAUGUGCUUCUUCGUGGGAAACGACUUCCUGCCUCACCUGCCGUCCUUAGAGAUCAGAGAGGGAGCGAUCGAUCGACUCGUCACCAUCUACAAAGACGUUGUGCACAAAACUGGAGGAUACGUUACACACAACGGCUAUGUGGAUCUGGAGCGAGUGGAGUUGAUCAUGCAGGCGGUCGGCGUCGCAGAGGACAAUAUCUUCAAGAAACGCAAAGAGGACGACGAAGGCUUCAAGAGAAGAAUGAAAGAGAAGAAGAAGAGGAUGAAGAAUGAGCGGGGUCCGGCCCACAUGACCUCGGGUCAGUUUGCUCCUCAGGCUCUGGGGAGGAGAGACAAACCCGACGCCGUGAACAACGCCCGGCACCAGGCCUUCGACAUGAGGAUGCAAUCCAACAAGGAUGCCGCUCAGUCCCUUAAGGCCUCGAUGAAGAACGGUGGCAAUUCUGCAGGGCCGAGCGGCAGCACAGACGGCCGCGGGGUCAAGAGGAAAUCUAACGACAGCGACAGCGAGCCGGAGCCUGAAGACGACGUCAGGUUGUGGGAGGACGGCUGGAGGCAGAGAUACUACAAGACCAAGUUUGACGUGGAGGCGACGGACGACGACUUCAGGCAGAAGGUGGUGCGGUCGUACGUGGAGGGACUCUGCUGGGUGCUGAGAUACUACUACCAGGGCUGCGCCUCCUGGAAGUGGUACUUCCCGUUCCACUACGCUCCCUUCGCCUCCGACUUCAAAGACAUCAAAGGGAUGUUCGACGACUUCGAGAAGGACACUAAACCGUUCAAGCCCCUGGAGCAGCUGAUGGGAGUCUUCCCUGCAGCCAGCGGGAACUUCCUGCCCCCGACGUGGAGGAGCUUGAUGAGCAGCCCGGAUUCUUCCAUCAUCGACUUCUACCCCGACGACUUUGCCAUCGAUCUCAACGGCAAGAAAUACGCCUGGCAGGGAGUGGCCUUGUUGCCGUUUGUCGAUGAACGCAGACUGUGGGCGGCUCUGGCGGACGUUUACCCCGACCUCACUACUGAGGAACAGAGGAGGAACAGUCUUGGCAGCGACCUGAUGUUUGUGGGGAAAGCUCACCCGCUGUUCGACUUCAUUCACGAACUCUACCGCACAGAAUCUAACGAGGACACUGAGAUCCCUGCAGAGCUGUGCCAUGGGAUCCAGGGUUUAUUAAACCUUGACGGCAAACCUAUUCUACCAGAUCAGCCAGUGACGUCCCCCAUCCCAACGCUGCGAGACAUCGCACACAACAGCGCCAUCGGAGUGAAGUUCAGGGAUCCUGCCUUCGAGAAAGACUUCGUGUUCAAGGCGGUCCUCCUCUCCGGAGCAAAGAUGCCCAAUGCGGUGCUGAAGCCCGGGGACUGGGAGAAAGGGAACAGACAACCAUGGAGACCCCAAACGGGCUUCAACCAGCACCGACAGCCGGCCCACCUGGACCAGUCCGGCUUCAGAGCUCUGGGUCACAGUAUGAACAGAAACCAACAUGGAGGAAGAGGAGGAGGAGGGGGAGGAGGAGGAGAGGAGGAGGAGGAGGAGGAGGUGGUCAGUAUAGCAACACUGCUCCACCAAACUCCUACCAAGGAAACUACAGAGGUCAACAAAGUGGCGGACACCAGCCUUUCCAACAUCCCCGGCAGAACAGCUUACUGGGAACGCCUCCGUCCUACCAGCAGCCCCAGUACCCUCGGCAGCAGCAGCAGCAGCAGCCGUAUGGUAGCGGCAGCGGGGGUCACGGCUGGAAUCGAGCCACGCAGGCUCAGGGCUCGGCGUACCAGCAGAACCAGCAGAACCAGCAGAACCAGAGCCGCGGGGGGGCGGCUCCUCCUCAGCAGCCGGGAGGAUACCAGCAGGGGUUCGAUGACCGGAGAGAGAACCGGGGACAACACCAUCAGGGCUACGGCUCCAGAGGGUUCCCGGCCCCCCCCUCCCUCCAGGAGAUACGACUGGAACAACUGAGCUCAAACUCGAGUCUUUCGGGACUUUGCGUCUGUUUUUUAGGGGAGAAAUGUCAGAAUUGUCUUAAUUGUACAAUUUAAUUUGUUGUUGUGUUUUUUUCUUCUUUUUAUCCACAAAAAAAAAAACGUGUAAUAUGAAAAUGUGAUUAUUUUUUUUUUAGACCUUGUGAAAAUACAAGUGUGUCCCGGACUGAGUCCCGCUGUGUUUAUACUUUAGGCAGAUCUCUCCCGGAGGUUCCUGUGUUUAAAACGUAAGAUAAGCAUGUGAAAUAAAAGAAUAACACUCA